AUGGCAAGCAAGACCGAACCUGGGCAGGUGCAAGAGCCCAAGAACAUGAUUACACCAAGCUCAGUGAUCGAGAACGAGAUCGAAACCGGUUUGAGCAUGGGAACGUUACGACGACGCAUCGUGAUGUUCUCGCUUUGCCUGGCCCUCUUUCUCUCAGCUCUUGAUGUCACCAUCAUAGCCACUGCAUUACCGACCAUAGCUCGCCAUCUUGAUGCCAGCGCUGCCGAGUACGCGUGGAUAGGAAGUUGCUACACUCUUGCCAAUACAUCCUCCAUCGCCAUCUGGGCGAAGCUAUCCGACAUCUUCGGCCGUAAACCCAUCAUCAUGUUGGCCAACGGUACAUUCCUCGCCGGCAGUCUCAUCUCAGGCCUCGCCAGCUCCGUGAGCAUGCUGAUCGGCGGCCGGAUCCUGCACGGGCUAGGUGCCGGAGGUUGCACGAUACUUGUGACCAUCGUCAUCAGCGACCUGUUUGUCUUGAGAGACAGAGCAAAAUACUACGGCAUCACAGGGAUCGUCUACGCAAUUUCGAGUAGUGUUGGGCCUGUGUUGGGAGGUGUAUUCACUCAGACAAUUGGCUGGAGAUGGUGCUUCUUCAUAAACCUACCGUUCGACGGAGUGUCCCUCGUUGUGCUCCUUUUCGCCCUAAAGAUACCAACCCCCCGAACCGCCCUAAUAGCUGGGCUGAGAUCCCUUGACUGGGUCGGCUCUUUCUUGAUUAUUGGUGGUACAGUAUGCUUUCUGUACGGCCUUGAAUCCGGAGCUGGUGGAACGCGGGCGUGGAACUCUCCACAAGUCAUAUGUCUCCUCGUCUUUGGAGUCCUCAUACUGCUGUUGUUUGGGAUAUAUGAGCACAGCUUUGCAAAGGAUCCUUUGGUGCCCGCAAGAAUCUUUUCGCGCCGAACAAACGUCGCCUCAUUCCUGGUUCUCUGCCUCCACGGCUUUGUCUUUAUCUCUUUCGACUAUUUCUUGCCUCUUUAUUUCCAAACCGCGCUCCAUUUCUCACCGAUUAUCUCCGGUGUCUCCCUUUUUGCUCUCGUGCUGCCACUCUCAGCCGCAACAAUGAGCGCCGGAUGGUAUAUCAGGAAGAGCCAAGACUACCUCUUACCAACGUGGAUCGGCUGCGUGUUGAUGACGACUGGCACUGGCCUCUUCAUCGACCUUGGUGCGACCACAAAUUGGGCCAAGAUCAUCAUCUUUCAGAUUGUGGCCGGCCUUGGAGCUGGACCGCUGUUCCAGGCACCCAUGAUCGCCUUCCAAAGCCACCUACCACAGAAAGACGUUCCAGCAGCUUCUUCUGCUUCAAUGUUCCUGAGGAAUUUGAGCAGUUCAAUGUCUAUUGUCAUUGGAUCGGUGCUACUUCAGAAAAACCUCGGCGGUGGUCAGCUCACUACCGAGACACGCACAGAGGGCUCUCCCUCGAAGUAUGCCUCGGCAAUGAGGUUGAUGUGGAUCUUCUUUACAGCCGUGGCUGGACUUAUGGCGUUUACCUCCAUUUUCAUCGAGAACAUGCCAAGACAGGACGAACUCGAGACUGAUAGUGCAGGGCUGGAAACUCCAAGCUCAGCCGAGAAGGUGAGCGGAACACAGCCACUUUCUGACGUGCACGAUUCAUGA